AUGCAAUUUUAAUAAUUAAUGCCUAUUGGAUAUCUGAAGGAGCCUCCUCUAAAAAGAUUUGUAAUAGCUAAGAUAAAGAGAGAGAAUACUGAGAAAUGUAUUAAGUUAUACAAGCAAAGAUAUCACUAAUACUUCUUUUAGUAUGAUUACUUAAAACUUGUGAAAUAAAGUGAGGAGAAAGAAUAUGUAUUGAUGCUUUUUUGUUUUCCUGAAGUAAACUAUUACUAAAUGAAUAGGAUUUGGAAAAAAUGAAGGGAGAUUUUGAAGUUGAUUAAUUUUUAGAAAUUGAAUUACCUAGUAUAGCACCUAUACAUAAAGAUUAGAAACAGUUUUAUAAUUAAUAUUGGAAUAUCUUGCAUCCUAAUUAUGAAUAUCCAAACAAAUAAAAUAAAGAAGCAGCUUAGAAAAUGUAAUAAAUUUUAGAUACAAAAAUAACGAGAAAUAAAUGUAUUCUUUAUGAUGAAGAUAAUACAAUUGUAAUUGAAGCAGAAGAUGAAACGAAUAUCAAUAAUGCAAGACAUUGUAUAAUGGUUGUUAUGGAAAAGUUAGCUUUACAUAAUAAAAAUGAGAAUCAAAAAAAACACUUUAAUGAAACUUAAUAUUAUGCUAAGGAUAUGAUUUUAGUAAUCUAUUAUGAACCUUGUAUUAUGUGUGCUAUGGCAUUAAUUCAUUCAAGAAUUUCAUAAGUCUAUUAUUAUUAAAAGAGAGUCACAGAUGGAGGCCUUAAUGAUCAAUUAUAAAUUAAUAACAUGAAAUAACUAAAUCAUAAAUAUUUAGUAUUUUAUUAGCAUUGA